AUGAAGAAUAAAUACACUCCUGUUUCAGACUCUGACGAGUCUUUCAAAACACUCAUUGAUGAAAAGGCAGACAUCCAUUCUUCAGAGGGUACUCCCCCUCCGUAUUCAGCUUCAAACAAAUUUAUCGAUUUAGAAAUGGCUGACGGACACGUUCAGAAUUCUGCCCAAGAAUCUGUUGAUAACACUAGGUCGGACCCUUCAGCGAACAAAGAAUGUUGGAAAACCUUUGCCGCAGGCAUAAUGACUAUUAUAACGAUUUUAUAUAAUCUUGUUUUUCUAGCCAUAAUUUUUGGUUACAAGGUUUCUCCAUAUUCAAGAGCUUUUUAUGGGCUUGCUGGCGUUUCUAUUGGAUCUAUUUUUAUUUUCCUAUUAACGAUUCUUGUAACGUAUCCAGAAUGGUACAGGCAAGCUGGGUUCAAUAUGUGUGUUUCAGCAUUAUAUGUGUGUUUUCUCAAUGUCCCCGGUUUCGCCAUGUAUUAUACUGCAAAGAAGAUAAUACAAUUUGAAAAGAUAAAUAAUCUUUUUCUCUACGUUGUUUGCUUUGUUGAUUUUGUCUUGUUUCUUUUUAUUUCGAUGAAUCCAAUUGCCCGUGAACGACUUAGAUUAUUAGUCAUUGAUAUAGGCAACGGCGCAAAUGCCAUAGGUAACGGCGCAAUUGGCAUAGGAAACGGUGCAAAUGCCAUAGGAAAUGGCAUAGGAAAUGCUGUGAAUCAUGUUUUUGGAAGAAAUCAAGGAGAUGAAGUACCUCAGAACGAAGAAAUCGAACUUCAACCUCUUGCUGAGCAAAGUGGUGAAGUUUGA